AUGAGACGGCCCACCGCCAUAAUACUUUUCUUGACUUGCACCGUAGUAACGGCCCAGCUCAGAUCCCUCCCCGUCCAACGCUCCGGCCUCAACGGAUACGCACCCCGCUUCUUCCGCCAGAAACCCAUCAUAGAACCCGUAGACCCCGCCCCCGGUCCAGCCAUGCCACCGCCGCCGCCCUCAGACCCCCCCUCCUCCUCCGGCCCGGGCCAAGGCGGCGGAGGAGAAGGCGUGAGGCUCUCCGACGUAAUGGGCCGCGACCGGAGCAUCAACGUCUUCGCCGGCUUCACGCGCGACAUCGAGUCCGCCUCGCGCCGCCUCGACGACCAAGGGCGCAACACCACCGUGCUGGCGCCCCUCAACUCGGCUGUCGAGAGGCUGCCGCGGAAGCCGUGGGAGGAUCCUCGCGACUACCAGCAGCUCGGCGCCGACGCCUACGAGGGCGACGACGGCAGGGAUAAAGCGCAGAGGAAUAUUCAGCGGUUCGUCGAGGCGCAUAUGGUUGGCGUGAGCCCGUGGCCCGAGAAGACGAAGGCCAAGACGAUUGGCGAUGAUAGGGAUGUGUGGUGGGAGACCAAGGAUGGUGUCAAGUUUAUUCAACCUGGCAAUAUCGAGGUUUGGAUUAUCAAGGAGGUGCGGAACUAUGCCUAA